AUGGUCGGACACCACGGCAGCGAAACCCACGGUGAAAAGAGCCCACUGGUGCAGAUCGAACAAGUCUUCAAGGCGGCUUUGAGACCGCUGCCCACCGAGACUGGAGAUGGCACUUAUGUCAAGGACACCAAGCUCACCGGCUUGGCGCAAGAUUUGAGCCAUGUGGACCUCGUUGAUGUCAAGACACUGGCAGACGUCGCGAAGAACGCGAUCACCGGGGAGGCAAUGAAUGAUCGCGAGUAUAUCAUGGAGCGAGUGAUUCAGCUUGCGGCUGGCUUGCCAACAACGUCCAAGAACGGAAGGGACUUGACAAAUACCUUCCUCAGCACACUGUGGAAUGACCUGCAGCAUCCUCCUACUUCAUACCUUGGACGCGAUUCUGCCUAUCGCCAAGCAGAUGGAUCCGGCAAUAAUCCAUUCUGGCCCAAUAUUGGCGCGGCAGGUACACCUUAUGCUCGGUCCGUCCGUCCCCAGACGAUGCAACCCGGGGCUUUGCCGGAGCCGGAAACACUGUUCGACAGUCUGCUUGCUCGACAAAAAUUUAAAGAACAUCCUAAUAAAAUUUCGAGCGUGCUGUUCUACCUUGCAUCUAUAAUCAUUCACGACUUGUUCCAAACCGACCCCAGAAACCCCACCGUUUCGCUUUCCUCAUCCUACUUGGAUUUGGGCCCCCUCUAUGGAAAUAAUCAAGAUGAACAGAACGCUGUUCGAACCUUCAAAGACGGAAAGCUGAAACCCGAUUGUUUCUCAUCCAAGCGAAUUCUGGGCUUCCCGCCUGGCGUUGGAGUUCUGUUGAUCAUGUUCAACCGCUUCCACAACUACGUCGCGGAACAGCUUGCCCAGAUCAAUGAGGGUGGACGUUUCACCAAGCCAGCCGAGUCCAACACCAAAGCCUACGCCACUUGGGACAACGACCUGUUCCAAACCUCACGCCUUGUGACCUGUGGUCUCUACGUGAACAUUAUCUUGAAGGACUACGUUCGAACCAUCUUGAACAUCAACCGGACAGACAGCACCUGGAGUUUGGACCCCCGGGCCGAGAUGAAGGAUGGAGUUCUCAGCCAUGCGGCCAAGCAGGCAACUGGAAACCAGGUCUCGGCCGAGUUUAACCUGGUGUACCGCUGGCACUCGUGCAUCUCGGCCCGUGACCAGCAGUGGUCUGAGGAUCUGUACCGGGAGCUAUUCAAUGGCCAGGAUUCCAACACGCUGUCUACCCAGCAAUUCAUCAUGGGUGUUGGGCGAUGGGAAGGAACCCUUCCUCAGGACCCCAUGGAGCGUCCAUUUGCCAAGCUGCAGCGCCAAGCUGAUGGCCGCUUCAGCGACGACGAUUUGGUUCGCUUCUUCGAGGAGAGUGUCGAGGACGUUGCCGGUGCCUUUGGUGCCUCCAAUGUACCGACUGUCUUCCGGACAAUCGAGGUCCUCGGAAUCAAGCAGGCGCGCUCGUGGAACUUGGCUACGCUGAACGAGUUCCGGUCCUUCUUCAACCUGCAGCCGUACAAGACAUUCGAAGAAAUCAAUUCUGAUCCGUACAUUGCGGACCAGUUGAGACAUCUCUAUGACCAUCCGGAUCAGGUCGAGCUCUACCCUGGUCUCGUCGUCGAAGAUGCCAAGGAGCCCAUGCUUCCCGGCAGUGGCUUGUGCACCAAUUACACCACCUCGAGGGCCAUUCUCUCAGACGCGGUGACGCUCGUUCGUGGGGAUCGUUUCUACACCGUCGACUAUACGCCUAAGCAUCUCACCAACUGGGCCUUCAAUGAAAUCAGCUAUGAUGACUCGGUCGACAACGGCGCCAUCUUCUACAAACUGGUCUUGAGGGCGUUCCCCAACCACGUUCGUGGCGACUCGGUCUAUGCUCAUUUCCCCAUGGUUGUUCCCAGCGAGAACAAGAAGAUUCUGACCAGCCUCGGCAAGAGCGAAAAGUAUAGCUACAGCCGACCGACCUAUACCCCCCCGCCUCGAAUGAUCAAAUCCCAUGGUGCGUGUAUGUCGAUUCUGGCAGACAAAGAGACUUUCAAGGUCACAUGGGGCCAGAAGCUCGAAUUCAUUCUCAGCCGUGAUGGCCACUCGUACGGUGGCGACUUCAUGUUGUCUGGAGACAAAGCGCCACACGCCCAGUCUCGGAAGAUGAUUGGGAAUGCGUUGUACCGUGACCAGUGGAAGUCCGAGGUUCGGUCUUUCUAUGAGAGCAUCACGUUGCAGCUUCUUCGACAGAAAUCGUACAAGCUGGCGGGCGUCAAUCAAGUUGACAUUGUUCGGGAUGUGUCCAAUUUGGCACAGAUUCAUUUCUGUGCCAACUUUUUUUCACUGCCCUUGAAGACGGAGAGCAACCCUCACGGUGUCUUUACGGAACAGGAGCUCUAUGAGAUCAUGGCCUUAGUCUUCACCUGCAUCUUCUACGACGUGGAGGUGACCAAGUCAUUCCAGCUGGAACAGGCCUCUCGUCAGGUCGCCCAACAGCUCGGUGAGCUGGUUAUGGCCAACGUCGAUCUUGUCUCAAAGUCCGGAUUCGUUGCCGAUAUCAUCAGUCGUCUCCAUCGACAUGAACACCUGACCGAUUACGGAGUGCACAUGAUUCAGCGUCUGCUGGACAGUGGCCUACCGCCCAAGGAGAUCGUUUGGACCCAUAUCCUUCCUUCGGCGAGCUCCAUGGUCGCCAACCAGGCGCAACUCUUCAUUCAAUGCUUGGACUUUUACCUCAAGCCCGAGAACGCUCACCACCUCGCUGACAUUCAGCGUUUGUCCAAGGAGGACACUCCUGAGUCUGAUGAGCUUCUCCUGCGAUACUUCAUGGAGGGAGGCCGUAUUUGCUCGUCCGUUGCGCUGCCCCGCGUGGUUGCAAAGUCGACCGUGAUCGAAGACAACGGCGAGCAAGUUUCGCUGAAAGAGGGUGAAGCGAUCUUCCUGAACUUGGUAUCUGCCAGCCACGAUCCCAAGGCCUGGCCUGAUCCUGAGGAGGUCCGCCUGGACCGCGAUCUGAACCAGUACGCACACUUUGGCUUCGGCCCCCACCAGUGUCUCGGUCUUGGGGUCUGUCAAGUGGCAUUGCCCACGAUGCUCCGCGUCGUAGGUCAAUUGCAGAACCUCCGCCGUGCUCCUGGACUGCAGGGUCAGCUGAAGAAGUUGCCUGCUCUGGGAGGGUUGACCAUGUACAUGGACGCCGAUCAUAGCUCGAUCUCGCCAUAUCCCUCCACGAUGAAGAUCCAGUGGGACGGUGAGCUGCCCAAGGCGAGAUACACUUAA